AUGCCGCCUGUUAAGACCGUCUAUGUGCCCAGGUUUGGGUCCCAGCUGGGUUCCAGUCAAAGAACAGAACCGGAACUGGAGCUGGUGGAACCCAGCCCCGUGUCCCAAAAUGAAAACCGCUUGAAGAAGCGGUCCAAAAAUGGGUCUGAGAGAAAUAUUCGGUCUGUCUUGAAAAUAAAAUUACCUAAAUUCACCAGCACUCCACUGUUGAAAGUGACCAAAGACGGUACAACUCCGGCAAAAUAUGUGCUGAGGCCUUCGACAAGUAAACCCAAAACUACAGGGAACCAAGAAAGAAGAACACAGUGUGCUGAUCCUGUCUCUACCCUCGUUAAUGGGGAUGUUUUCUCUUUCUCCCAAAGAUCUGAAACAACUACCCCAAAAGAAAAGGCCCAGCUUUCAGUUGUCAGGACCAUCUCCAAGAUGCUGGAGGAGAACCGGCUAAUCAGACAGAGGCUGGCUGCUCUCCGUCAGGACAGCCGAGUCUGAGCGGUUCAGAAUGACUAUAGCAGGCCACUCAUCAGAGCUCAGAAUAAGUGCAGUUCCUCAUCAGAGUUAAAGGUGGAUAUCUCAGCACAUGUAGGAUGGAGUGUUAGAACCAUGGUUACAGCAAGUUACAUGUCAGAUGUUCUUAUUGCAGAAAGGUUUUUCCCAAUGGAAAUGUUUUCAUUUAUUUAUUUUUUGGUUAUCUUCAACAGAGGUUAUUUUUAUUGAAAGACUCCAUGUUCAAAUGGUUGCACUCUGGUUUAUUCCGUGAUGCUUAAAGUACAUUUGAUGUUAUAUUGAAAGUUCAAAGGAGUUGGUUGUUAAGGUUUAUAGUGGUA